AUGGGUCUUAACGUGAAUUCGGAUUCAAAGCCAACAACAGUUGAGAUCAAAGAGCUGAAAUUCACUUAUCCUGGAAUCGACGGUCAUCCUCCACCGGGCUCCAAACCUCUCAUACAAGACUUCUCUCUCAACCUCUUCUCCGGUGAUCGAUGCCUUCUCGUCGGAUCCAAUGGCGCCGGAAAGACUACAAUUCUGAAGAUAUUAGGAGGGAAACACAUGGUGGAGCCUGAAAUGGUUCGUGUUCUUGGAAGAUCGGCUUUUCAUGAUACAGCUUUGGAAUCUUCUGGUGAUUUGUGUUAUCUUGGUGGUGAGUGGAGAAGAGAUGUUGCUUUUGCUGGUUUUGAAGUUCCAAUACAGAUGGACAUUUCUGCUGAGAAAAUGAUAUUUGGUGUGGCUGGGAUUGAUCCUGAAAGAAGAGCAGAGCUAAUCAAGGUAUUAGAUAUCAAUCUUUCAUGGAGAUUGCAUAAAGUAUCUGAUGGUCAAAGAAGAAGAGUGCAAAUUUGUAUGGGUCUCCUCAAACCAUUUAAGGUUCUUCUGCUGGAUGAGAUAACGGUCGACCUUGAUGUUCUAGCCAGAGCUGACCUUCUGAAGUUUCUAAGAAAGGAAUGUGAUGAGAGGGGUGCCACAAUUAUAUAUGCAACACAUAUAUUUGACGGUCUUGACGAUUGGCCAACAAAUAUUGUUUAUGUAGCUCAUGGAAGGCUGCAAUUAGCAAUGCCCAUAGAGAAAGUCAAAGAAAUUAGCAAACUGUCAUUAAUGAGAACGAUAGAAGCUUGGCUACGAAAGGAACGAGAUGAAGAUAGAAGAAAAAGGAAAGAAAACAAGGCGGCUGGCCUUCCUGAAUUUGAAAAGCAAGUUGAUGGAAGCCGUGUAGUUGGAGGGGAUCCUGCACGAGCUUCAGUUCGAGUUACUAAUAAUGGCUGGGCCGCAGGCCGAUUACAUUCCACCAUUGCUGGCGAGGAAAACUUUGUCCUAAGCUCAAACCGAGUAUUGAGGGGGUAG